CAGCAGUGACGAUACCUAAGGUUCCGGGGACUGAGCAGGUUUCGGACUUUUUCCCAGGGCUUCCGCAGGCCUCAGGUCCCAGGCUGGCGUUGGGACGGACCCUGAUCCAGGCUUUGGCGGAUGGUGGCAGCUCUCAACCAGCUCACGCAGUGAGAGGGGCGGCUGAGGAAAGGUGUAACAGCAGAGACGCGCAGGGGAGGCCGUAGGACCUUUUCAAAGAAGAAUGGAGGAAACUAUGAAGCUUGCUACAGUAGAAGACACUGUGGAGUACCACCUGUUCCUGAUACCAGAUGACUCAAGGGACCCGGAGGAACACAAAGAGAUUCUUCAGAAAUAUAUUGAGAGAAUAAUGACCCAGUUUGCACAUAUGUUGGCCCCCUAUAUCUGGCAGAAUCAGCCUUUCAAUCUCAAAUAUAAACCUGGGAAAGGAGGUGUUCCUGCUCAUAUGUUUGGCAUGACAAAAUUUGGGGAUAACAUUGAGGAUGAAUGGUUUAUUGUUUAUAUAAUAAAGCAGAUUACAAAGGAAUUUCCAGAGUUAGUAGCAAGGAUUGAAGACAAUGAUGGUGAAUUCUUGUUAAUAGAAGCUGCUGACUUUCUCCCUAAAUGGUUAGAUCCUGAUAAUAGCACCAACAGGGUGUUUUUCCACCAUGGGGAGUUGUGCAUUAUCCCUGCACCAAGGAAACCUGGAGCAGUGUCUUGGUUACCUGCCACACCCCCAACAAUCUCACAAGCAUUGAACAUAAUCUCAACAUACCCAGAAAAAAUUCUGGCUUCAGAAUCUAUACGAGCUGCUGUGAAUAGGCGCAUCAGAGGGUACCCAGAAAAAAUUCAGGCCUCCCUUCAUCGAGCACACUGCUUCCUUCCAGCUGGCAUUGUAGCAGUGCUAAAGCAUCGCCCUAGAUUGGUGGCUGCAGCAGUCCAGGCGUUUUACCUACGAGACCCCAUCGCGCUUCGAUCCUGUCGCAUUUUCAAGACAUUCUUGCCUGAAACACGAAUAAUGACAUCGGUGACUUUCACUAAAUGUCUGUAUGCACAGUUGGUGCAACAAAGGUUUGUGCCAGACCGGCGAAGUGGAUACAGGCUUCCUCCACCAUCUCAUCCCCAGUAUCGAGCCCACGAAUUGGGCAUGAAGCUGGCUCAUGGAUUUGAGAUCUUAUGUUCCAAAUGUGGCCCACAUUUUUCUGACUCCAAGAAAUCCCUUCUGACUACCUCACCACUCUGGGCCAGCUUCCUUGAAAGUCUGAAAAAGAAUGAUUACUUUAAGGUAGGACUUCAAUGUUUUUUUGUGUUUGGGGGUUCUCUUGCCAUGAGUCCAGGUGAAGAAAUCUUAACCUUAUUACAGACAAUACCACUUGAUAUAGAAGAGCUUAAGAAAGAAGAGGCUAAUCUUCCCCCAGAGGAUGACGACCAGUGGUUAGAUCUCUCACCAGAUCAGCUGGACCAGCUACUGCAGGAAGCUGCUGGCAAAAAAGAAUCAGAGCCCAUUUCCAAGGAAGAGAAGGAGCAGAACUAUGACUUAACUCAAGUCUCAGAGAGCAUGAAAGCUUUCAUAUCUAAAGUCUCAACUCACAAGGGAGCAGAGCUGCCUAGUGGCUCUUUCUGUGUUGGGGUCUGUUUAGGGCCAAGGCCUCAUGAGUCAGACUCUGAUGAUCUGGAUGAGGAAGACUUUGAAUGUUUGGACAGUGAUGAUGACUUGGACCUCGAAAUGCAGGACCCUGGCAAAGAGGCUUCUCUGAAAGGAACUCUUCAUAAUCUCAAGUCAUACAUGGCCCAGAUGGACCAGGAACUGGCACACACCAGCAUUGGCAAAAGUUUCACCACCCGGAAGCAAGUGGAACCUGUAUCCCAGACCACCAAUAACAGUUCAGAUGAGGAAGAUUCUGGUACAGGAGAGUCUGUUAUGGCACCAGUGGAUGUAGACCUGAACCUGGUUUCAAAUAUAUUGGAAUCCUAUAGCUCCCAAGCUGGACUGCCAGGACCUGCUUCCAACCUUUUACAAAGCAUGGGAGUGCAACUGCCGGACAACACCGACCACAGACCCACAAGUAAGCCAACGAAAGAUUAACCAGCAUAUCCAGCUUCUCUUUUUCUCUUUUUAAAUAAAUAUUGAGUCUGAUUCUGUUCA